AUGUCGGCACUACGCUGGGGCCGCGGCGCGGCGGAGCUCGGCUGGGCCCUGUGGCCCGCGGGCCGCUCUGGACUCCUGGUUGAGGAAGGGGUCCUGGGUAGCGUCUGGGGCUGCAGGGGGAGCUCGUCCGCCAGCCCUUGUGAGCAGGAGCGCCGGAGGGACUGGGGCCACGCGGAGCUGCUGGAGGUGCUCGAGGCCAGGGUGCGGCAGCUGCAGGCUGACUGUGUGUCGGCGGUGACCGCGAAGCGGCUGGAGGCAGCCCGGCUCCCAGAGGCUGGCGGCGCUCAGCUGCCCAGGAAGGCGCAGACAGGGGCCGAGGGACCCGGCCCGGGGCUCAGCGGUCGCUGGGCGCAGAAGCUGGACAAGGAGAAGCACGCGAUGCAGAGGCGCAAGCAGCAGCUGGAGGCGGAGCUGCAGGUGCCCAGUGUCGAUGGCCCGUGCCAUUCGGCCACCCCGGGUCGUCGUGGCGGGGCGUCGGAUGCACUCCGUUCGGUGUGGUUCUCCAUGAGCUCGGACGCGUUGCCAUUUCGGGGGUCCUUUAAGGAGCUGGUUUACGUGUUCUUCAUGUUGAAAGACGCCGGCCUCGCCCCGGACCUGCUAUCCUAUGCGGCCGCCCUGCAGUGCAUGGGGCGGCUGGAUCGGGACGCCAGCGCCAUCCAGAGAUGUCUGAAGCAGAUGGCCCACGACGGGCUGCAGCCUCAGGCGCUCUUCACAAGCCUGUCACUGUGCAAGGAGGACCAGGCCGCACUGCUGCGCGCCCUGCGCAAGGCCGAGCCCACCUUCAGCGCCCCACAGCCGCCCCUGCCCGUGUCCCAGCUCAACAGCUCGCCCCUGCUCAGGGAGAUCUACGACAAGGACCGCCCCGUGUCCUACCCGAAGCAGCACCUGCCUCUGAAGACACUGAAGGGCCUGUUCCAGCAGCAGCUCAGCGUGGAGAUGGCCACCACCAUCACGGUGGACUCUGUGGAAAAGGCUCCAUCGCUGACCACAGAGGUCCUGCAAGCGACCCUGCAGGCGCUGCCCCCGCAGGGAGAGUCGCUCCUGUUCCUGGCGCAGCAGCUGGGCCUGCGCGUUUUCAACCGGCACGUGGUGCAGAGGAAGCGGCUCACCCAGGAGGUGCGGGAGCUGGAGCGGCGCUACUUCAAGUACCUGCACCUGCUGGCCUCUGACACCCAGGUGGCAGCGUCCUGCCUGCCGCGGCAGCACUGGGAGGCACUGGGGGCUCCAGAAGCCCCCCACGAGCAGCCCUGGCCCUUGCCUGUGGUGGCGCAGCUGGGCAAGCAGCUGGCGGAGGUGCUGGUGCAGACAGUGCGGAUGCCCGGCCACCUGGCAGAGCGCCAGGGCUCCUGCAAACUCAUCCCCGUGCUCUACCACGUGUACUCCUUCCGCAGCUUCCGCCAGAUCGGGAUCUUGAAGCCACACCCGGCCUUCAUACAGCUGCUUGCAACGGCAGCUGAGCGCACCAUGACCUUCGAGGCCGCGGAGGUGCCCAUGCUGUGUCCGCCGCUGCCCUGGACGUCGCCACAUUCAGGCAUGCACAGCCUGCGCACCGACGCGCUCUACCGCCUCUCGCUGGCCCAGCACCUGCGGCACCGCGUCUUCUGGCUGCCGCACAACAUGGACUUCCGCGGCCGCACCUACCCCUGUCCCCCCCACUUCAACCACCUGGGCAGCGACCUGGCGCGCGCCCUGCUGGAGUUUGCCGAGGGCCGCCCGCUGGGCCCCCACGGCCUCGACUGGCUCAAGAUCCACCUGGUCAACCUCACUGGGCUCAAGAAGCGAGAGUCGCUGCAGGCACGCCUGGCCUUCGCGGAGGAGGUGAUGCCGGACAUCCUGGACUCCGCCGACCGGCCCAUGACGGGCCGGAAGUGGUGGAUGGAGGCCGAUGAGCCUUGGCAGGCCCUGGCCUGCUGCAUGGAGAUUGCUCGGGCCGUGCGUGCCCCCGACCCCGCUGCCCACAUCUCCCACUUCCCCGUUCACCAGGAUGGCUCCUGCAAUGGCCUGCAGCACUAUGCCGCCCUGGGCCGGGACAGUGUGGGCGCUGCUUCCGUCAACCUGGUGCCCUCGGACCUGCCGCAGGACGUGUACAGUGGGGUGGCCACACAGGUGGAGGUGUUCCGCAGGCAGGACGCCGAGCAGGGUAUGCGGGUGGCCCAGGUGCUGGAGGGCUUCAUCAGCCGUAAGGUGGUCAAGCAGACGGUGAUGACCGUGGUGUAUGGGGUCACCCGCUACGGGGGCCGCCUGCAGAUCGAGAAGCGCCUCCGGGAGCUCAGCGACUUCCCUCAGGAGUUCGUGUGGGAGGCCUCUCAUUACCUCGUGCGCCAGGUGUUCAACAGUCUCCAGGAGAUGUUCUCGGGCACCCGAGCCAUCCAGCGCUGGCUGGCCGAGAGCGCCCGGCUCAUCGCCCGCACCGGCUCCGCUGUGGAGUGGGUCACGCCCCUGGGCAUCCCCGUCAUCCAGCCUUACCACCACGACUCCAAGGUGUUGAUCGGCGGUGGGAUCCAGAGCCUCACCUUCAGCAACAGUGGGGACACCAGCCAAAAGCCCAACACACUGAAGCAGAAGAAUGGCUUCCCGCCCAACUUCAUCCACUCCCUGGACUCCUCGCACAUGAUGCUCACCGCCCUGCACUGCUACAGGAAGGGCCUGACGUUCGUGUCUGUGCACGACUGCUUCUGGACCCACGCAGCCGACGUCGCUGUCAUGAACCAGGUGUGCCGGGAGCAGUUUGUCCGCCUGCACAGCCAGCCCAUCCUGCACGACCUGUCCAGGUUCCUGGUGGCACGCUUCUGCUCUGGCCCCAGGCCCAAGAACGUCAGAGUGUCCAGGCUGCUGGACGUCCUUCUGUCAGUCCCCAAAACAGGGGCCUUCAACCUGGAGCAGGUAAAGCGAUCCACCUACUUCUUCAGCUGACGUCGGCCCUCCUGCUGUCCCCAGGGCCCCCUGUACCAUAGUGUAAAUAAAGCGCUGUCGUCACCCA